ACGCAGAAGAAGGUCUCAAUCAAGAAAUGAUUGAAGAAGUCAUUCAAGAAGUAAUGAUCAAAAGAGUAGAGAUAAUCAUUCAAAAAGUUAUGAUAGAAGAAGUCAGUCAAGAAAGUAUGACUGAAGGAGUAGAGAUAGUCAUUCAAGAAGUUAUAAUCGAAAGAGUAGAGAUAGCUGCUCAAGAAGUUAUGACUAAAAAAAUCAGUCAAGAAGGUAUGACCAAAAGAAUAGAAAUAGUCAUUCAAGAAGUUAUAAUCGAAAGAGUAGAGAUAGUCACUCAAAAAGUCAUGAUCAAAGUAGAGAUAGUAGAAAUAAUCAAAAAAGAUAUCAUGACAGAAGAAAAUGAAGAAUUUAUAACAGUGAAAGUAGUGAUAAAUGGUCCAAAACAAAUAAAUACGGAACUUAUAAUCAUUAUGGCGAAAAUAAAAA